CUCACUGCCCCCCCGUGUCUCACUGUCCCCCCGUGUCGCCGUGUCUCCCAGUGUCCCCGUGUCUCCCCGUGUUUCCGUGUCUUUCUGUAUCCAACUGUCCCCCAGUGUCUCCGUGUCUCCCUGCGUCUCCGUGUACCCCCAGGUCCCCGUGUCCCCCCAUGUCUCCGUGUCUGCCCAUGUCCCCGUGUCUCCCCAUGUCCCCGUGCCUCCCCGGUCCACCCGUAUCCCCGUGUGCCUCCCUGUCUCCUUGUCUCCCUGGUCCCCCGGUGUCUCCGUGCCCCUCUGGAUCCUCGUGUCCCCUGGGAUCCCCUAAGUCCCCAUGUCCCUACGUAUCUCCUUGUCUCCCCGGCACCCCCAUGUCCCCAUGUACCCCCAUGUCCCCGUGUACCCCCAUGUCCCCGUGUCUCCCGGGCCCGCCCGUGUCUCCGUGUCCCUCCUCCAGGUCCCCAUUUCCACCCGCGUCCCCGCCGCGUCCUCCGGUAUCUCCGUGUCUCCCCGUGUCCCCCUGCUCCUCCUCGGAACCCCUCAUGCUGGCCGUGCCCUCCGUGUUCGGCCCGACCUCCGGCACCAUCAGCCUCCCGGUGAUCAUCAGUGCCGAGCUGUGUGGCACCCGGGUCGGCGAGGGCGACCGAGGGGAUGAUCUGGGAGUCCUCGGAGACCAGGCGGCGUCCCAGGACGGGUCCCAAGAGGGAGCUGAGGCGGGGGAUCCUCAUCAUCAACACCACCACCAGCAGCAGCAGCACCAGCAGCAGCAGCUGUACGUGGUUCUCAGCAUCGUGGGACCCAGCGCGGACGAGAUGGGCCCCGGACUCGAGCUGGGAGGACCACUGCUGCUGGAGGGAGUCGGGGGAGUGGACGAAGGGGAGGAGGGGGUGGACGGAUUGGAAUUGGGGAGGGUGGCAGUGGAGGGAGUAGAGGGAAUGGCCGGUGUAGGAUUGGAGGUAGUGCACGGUGUGGAUUGUUUGGGGUUGGAAGGGGUGGGAACUGAGGGAGUGGAAGUGAGAGGAGGAGACGGAGUAGGAAUAGAGGAGGGCUUGGACGGCAUGGUACAGCUAGAGGAAAUGGGGCGGAUUGAGGGGGAUAGAGCGGAGAAAGUAGCGGGAUUGAGAAUGGAAGCUUUGGGAGUGGAGAGCACGGAGGAGGGAGUGCAUGGAUUGGAGAGAGCGGAGAGUGUGGAGGCGGAACGAGCAGAGGGAGCGGAGGGGGUUGGUUCCCUUCUCUUAAGUGGAUCCGUGUCACCCGACAGCUCCAACACAGCGGCGCAGCCAUGGACGGGGGUCAACACAUUCAGCAGCAGCAACAGUAGCGGCAUGAUCAGCCUCACCGACAGCAGUGUUAUCAGUAGCAGCGUGAUCCCCAGGCCCUAUGCCACGGACGGAACCACGUGUGUUCGGGACGUGGCAAACUGCGAUCCCAGUGGUGGCGAUGUUGUGCCUCACCCCGUCUGGCCGUCGGACGAGGCCAGAGUGGCGGGUGUCGUUUCUGCGGCCUCCGCCGCGCCGUUUGGCCACCCAGGUUUAGACCCGAACCUGACUUUAGUCGAUGCUGGGGCGGCGGAGGGGGAGCCACCGCCGCAGGGGGGGGCCCCUGUGGGGGAGGAGGACAAGGCGCUGUUCGCCGUGGUGGGAGAUGCGUGCCUCAUCGUCGACCUGGACGCGGCCGCCGACAGGGGCGGCGGGAGCAGCGGCGCCGAGGCCAUGCGGCAAGACAGUAAUGGGGGAACGCGGCCCACGAAUGGAGGGAGUGACGGGGUCCCCAAGGGGCCACCGGGCGGCCUGGUUGACCCUCCGGACGGGGGAGAGCGCCUCGGUCGUUCACCCGACUGCCGCCUGGCUGCUGACGGAGACUGCACGCUCGCCGUGACGGGUCGGGGAGACGCAGCGGAGGUGGAAGAGGAGGAGGAUGACGAGCACUGUAAUGGCCAGGAGUUCCCGUGCACCGUCGACUGCUGCCACAGCGUAUACAGCAGCAUGCGCAAGCUGCAGGUGCACAUGAUGGCGCACACUUACGGGCGCCCCUACAGGUGCACGUGGGACGACUGUGGCUGGUCCUUCACCUCGUCGUACAAGCUGAAGCGGCACUUCGUCUCGCAUGAGAAGCAGCGUCCGUUCGUGUGCGAGGAGGCCGACUGCGGCAAGCGCUUCUCCACCGUCUACAACCUCAAGGCUCACCGGCGCGCGCACGGCGCCGGGGUUACCGGCGCGCCUGCCUGCCUCCUCUGCGGCGCCGCCUUCGCGACGCCGGCACGCCUCGCUGCUCACCAACGCGUCCACGCUGAACCUCGCCGCCCACACCUGUGCGACUUCCCCGGCUGCGAGAAGACCUUUUCGACGGCGAACGCGCUGGGUGCGCACCGGCGCUCGCAUGCACGCGCGCGCGAGCUCUUUGUGUGCUCCUACCCGGGCUGCGGGAAGACAUACGACAAGGCGUGCCGCCUCACGUUGCAUCUGCGCAGCCACACCGGUGAGCGCCCGUUCACUUGUGAGCACGAGGGCUGUGGAUGGACGUUCACUUGCAUGUCCAAGCUGCUGCGUCACAAGAGGAAGCACGCCGACGAGCGGAGGUUCGCAUGCCGGGAGCCGGGUUGCGGCAAGACCUUCACGAGGGCCGAGCACCUCAAGGGCCACACCAUCACCCACUCGGGCACGCGGCCUUUCAGCUGCGACGUGCAGGGUUGCGGCGCCCGUUUCUCUGCACGCAGUAGCCUCUAUGUUCACUCGCGUAAGCACGGUGCCGGCGGUGACAGCGAGGGCGGCGAAGGGCUGCGCUCGCAGUGCCCCGUGGCUACGUGCGGAAAGCUCUUUGCUUCCGUGCACAGCGUCAAGGCGCACAUGAUGAAGCUACACAACGUGAGCCCCGCCCAGUUCGCUCUCCUCGAGCAGUCCGGCUGCCUCGUCCCGGCCUGCGACCCGGACGAUGACCCCAGUGGCGGCGGCGGCAGUGUCGACCCCAAGCUGCUGACGUCCAACCUCUCUUCUUCCUGCCUGACUGCAACCUCUGACCCCCUGAGCGGCGGGGGGUCGCCGCCGAGCUACGGGGACGACGUGCUCACGGUGGACGGCACAGCGAUCGGCGGCGGUGCUCGCGGGCGCUUGUGCCGGACCUCGCCGCAAGAUACCAAGCGAGGGGGCACGGAAGGAAGUGGUUCACCGGCUGGGCAGGGCCUGGCACAAGGUGGUGCCGCGCCGGCAGAACGGCGCCGGCAGCACCAGCAGCAGCACGGAGUGGAGGACCAGGGAUUGAUCCCAGCGGUCUCCUCGUCACCCUCAAGUGGUGCCGCCACCACCGCCAACACAGAGACGACCAGUGUCAUUUGCCCGGGCCUGCUGGGAAGCUUGUGCAUGAAGCUGGAGUCCACUGCCACGCUCGGCGCGGAGUUGCCGAGUCCCCCCCCUUCCUGUGCUGGUACAGAGACCGGCACCAUUUUGGCGGCGGGCGGCCAUGACACGUGUGCCAUGCGCCAAUCCUCGGUGGCGCUGUCCCACACGCCGCUGAGCCUCGAGAUGCUGCCGUCAUCACUGCCUCCCGCCGCUUGCGCCGAAGCUCAAGCGCUGGGGCUGCUGGCGCCGCUGGGGGGAGGGGGGGAGCAGGCCAAGGCGCUCGCACCGGCGUUCUGCGGCCUGGGAUCGCUGAGUCCAGGGGAGGUGGACGUGGCGCUGGCAUCGGUGCAAGCGCUGCUGGAGAGCGGGGGCUCUGCGCGCACCGACUACCGUUCCGUGCAGUUGGCCAAGCACAGGAAGCGCAAGAUCGGUGCCGCCCCCUACAGCGCUGGGGCUUCUGGCAAGAAGAAGAGCAAAUCAAGUAGGGCUGUGACGGCCGGAGUUACUGGUGCUUACUCUAGCGCGCUGGCGCUGCAGGACCCGGGUAGCACCGGCGCGCACUACCUUCAGGUGCAGAUACUGCAGGACGAGGCAGGCGGCGAGGGGGACCUGUCGUUUGGGCUGGGCUCGCAAGGUCCUCACUCGUCGCACUCCACGGACCUCCCCGUGCACAUCCUGCAGGAACAGGCAUCGUGCGCUACAGGCGAGGAGGAGGUGGGCGACUUUGGCCUCGUUCACCCGAGCAGCUCGCAGUUUCCGGGAAGCACCAUCAACCUCCAGGACCUCGAGUAGACCCACAACAACUUACACCGGACCUGACAGCUACAGCCCCCCACCCCGAGUGCACGGUGACACCCACCACCACAGCGGUCAGCCGAACUUCGGCUGCAGCGCCCGACUAGCCCCGUGGGGCGGACGACGAGUCUGGGUUUCACAGGCCUGCCGCUUGCCUUCCCAGAGGACUUUGGAAGCGCGAAGGGGCUUCACGUGGAGAGGUUACCUCCACGGAGCAAGUUUACAAAGUGUACAGAAUGUGAAGAUGAUGGUAUUGGGGAGCUUGUGUGUUGUGUAUCUGCGUGGUCAUAUGUGGGCGCUUGUACAUAGGAUGUUGGGAAAUGGACAGACGGACGUUUUUUUAAGGACGCGUGCCUUUAAUUGAAGAGUAAAGUGUACUUAAGGGACACACGGCUGCACCUGAUAGCAAGGCGGCAGCAUGGACAGAUUCACGUGUAACGCCCACGUCAUUUAUUUAAAUUCGUCGGUCACACACGCACACAUCCCAGCUGUGAAACAUGGAGACGUUUAAACCUGACAAUCGCA